UGCUUAUUUUAUUAGAUAUCUCUUAUGUGCUAUCUAAACCUGACACAUUCGGCAGAUGAACUCUUUUGGUGAUCAGUAUGUUGGAACAUUGCUAUUCAUGUAUUGGCUGUGGGUGACCACAAAUCCAGUGGUUAGAGAUGGAAAAUAUGAGAAGCUUCUUCAUCAGUUGUGUGAUAUAUUUUGGAUGUUUAGCAUGGCAUAAGCAAUUCAUAUUUAUGGUUUGGUUGGUAAAUUCCUAAAAAUGGAGAGAGGGACAAGUUGGUUCUAUUUGUAUAAGCUUAAAGGUGGUCAUGAGAUUAAGAGACAAUUACAAAAAUAAGAAGACAUGAUACUCUUUGGGCUUGAAGUUAUUAGUGAGCAUUUCGAGUCAGAUUAUUGUGACAAAGAAAGAGGUUUGCAAUUUACUUAAGUGGGCUUUUGGUCCUAAUGUAGUAUAAUCUAAAGAUGAAAUUUUAGCUCUUUGUAUUUGUCCAAUGGUUUUGUGAGGUUUGGGAGGAUCAGUCAUUUUUUCCUAUCGCUGUUUACCAUAGUGAGCUAAGGUGAUGUCCUUGAUGUUUUUUUUUUCUUUGAUGUUUUUUCUAUUUGUUCUCAUGGCUAAACAUUUAAUCUCACUUAUAGGGUUGCUUCUACGAGAAAUGAAAGAAUUUUGGCGUGUUGCGCUAUUGCUGUCAAUGUGGUUGUACCCUCCCAGUAUUGAUUGUGUUGCAAAUUCUUCAGAAGAGCACUUCAGAUUGGACAGCAGAAAAGAAAUGUUUGAGAUGGUUGAGAAUGCAAUUAUAAAACUAGGUCGAGUGGUAUCUGCUGCACCCUUAAACAGGGACAUUGAGAUCCAGUCUCAGUUGGGACUUGGAUACAUGCGGGUUACUGUCUAUGUAAAUGCCACCAAUAUUCACUUGAUCUGGAUGGCAGGUCUGGAGAAAAUCUGGGAAGUAAAACCACUGGUCAAUGGGAAGGAUAUCAUGAGUGUUUUGCAGCUUAGAACUGGAGGGCCACUUGUUAGGGAAUGGCAACAAAAACUUCUUGAGUGGCAGCUUGCUCAUCCAUCGGGGACUGCAGAGGAAUGUAUUGAUUGGAUGAGGCAAACUCAUUCAAAGCGUACAAGGACAGAGUAA